AUACACGCGUGUUGGCAUGUUGUUGCAAUCGGGUUGGAUAUGCAGGAGAGCGAGUAGCAUUUUGCGAGAGCGUGUGCAUUAUUACAACUACACUCUCGGUAUCUGUGCAAUUAGGGACAUAUCAGCAGUAGCAAUGAGGGUUACUGCUGUUGGUGUAAGACUCGGACCGAGCUGAACUGAGCAGAGCAGAGCAAAGCGAGUAUUUUAUUCGCAUUUUAUUAUGUAUUAUUAUUAUAAAAUGACUAAUACAAGAGAAGAGUGUGGAGAGCGGCAUAUUAUUAGCGGUGGUCGCCGCACAUACACCGAAAAUGACGAUGAGAUCGAGAAUAAUCAAGCAGGCGGCGAUGGUGGCACGCAAAGACGGUGACCAGGGAGACACAUGUGGAGUGUUGUACUGAACGGGGUUUUUUGGAACGUGCUGGAGAAGCAUAAUAACACUUAGCAGUCAGUUAACGACGCUAGGUCAGCGCUAACGGAUGUGUCCUGGUACAGUAAAGCAAGGUUGUAUAGAACUCAUUUACAGCUUGGUUAAUGUGGUAAUAUAGCAGGACCAGUGGCUGUUGUGUUGUGUGCAUCAAGAUCAACGUCGCCGUCGUCAGGCGAGUUUGUAUAUUGAAAGUGCAUGCAAGGAUAUCGCAGGACGAGGUUUACACAAUCGAGUGAACGUGUGACCACCCAUAAUCAUAUGUGCGGUGGCGCACCUACUGGCCAUUCGACCGAGGUGUUAGUCUUUGGCCAAUCGUACGACGGGAACUGGUGCAACUUAUUAUUACUGUUUGAGCAGUCGCCGAAUUCGUGCACAACGGCGGAGACGACAGAAAGACAACACUGCCAUCGGAGAAGCCGUGUGUCGUUAAUUACCGAUAAUGAGAUAAAAGCGCGGGGCGUGCGGGUUUCAAGUUCUCUGGUACAUACCGAUGACAAAUGGUUGUUCCCGAACAAUGUCAUGUUUGUGUAGAAUGUGAAUUUAUGGUGCAUCCGGACGUGAUUCGAUUCGUUAAUGAGUGCUGAUUUUUGGAAGGUGCGCUAUUCGGGAAAAGAGCGUUGGUCGUAGCAUGGUGUGACCGUUGUUUAGCGGUGAAAGUUUUUUUUCAGCAUGAGAACCUACUGAAAAUCUAGUGAAUUGUCGUGAUAGUGACAGCACACAAGACGACGCGAUACUACGAGGAACACCACUCCCUGUCCCAGUCCGAGUCGCAGUGAUAAACAAAAUUCAUGAUUUUGUGAUUAGACGGAAUAGUGAAUGUUUUGAGUUCAACUGAAAACCAAACCAAGCACAGUUAGAGUAAUCGUUGCAGCACAGACAUAGUGUUCAUUGGUUAUUAACUAGGGGACAAGUGAAGUAAUGCAAAUUUAACAAAAAAAAAAGUUUUGCUCCAGCUCAGUGUCACUUGAGUCGAAUUCUUGAACGUGAGACAAGCUCAAAGUCGCCCAAGUCGAAAUCCACCUACAACACAGCAGGCGAAAUCCAAGCAACCGAGAAUAAAAAAAAAACAUUCCAAAGCACAAACGCACCAUGCCAGAUUGUUGCCGUUGUUGUUGUAGUUGUGCCUGUUGUUGAGCACCGGACGUGCUGGAAUAUGGCGGAAGGGACAUUACCACCUCCAUCAUCACCAUCACCAACAGCAUCGUCAGCGGGGCCGGCACUACUGGAAACACUACUGGACAGCAACAAUAGUGGCAGCAGCGGAAUCAACAACAACAGCAAGUUGUGUGGAAUGCUUGGUAUCAGCAUGCCCUGUGAAGCGGCAGGCCACGAUUUCAGCAGCGUUCGAAAAGAGCUCGAAUUCGCCAGUUCCAUUGCGGCACACUAUACGGCAGCGGGUCUAGCGGAGAAGGGAGAUUCACGAGAUCAUCAUCAUCAGCGCGUUGGAAGCUACAAGAUUGAGGACCGUGAAAGAACUGAUAAUUGCAGCAGAUCGAACAGCCCGACGUUGAACGAAUUGAACAACCAGACCGCGAAUUGUACGACGGUAGUGGCGGCACUUCGUAGUCGCGAAAAGAUGUCACCUCUGUCACUGCCGGCUGGAUCCCCGGUGGCCAAUCCAGCAGCAGCUGCUGCAGCCGCGGCGGCCGCAGCCCAAGUGCAUUUGAAUGGAACUAUGCAAGACAUGCUGAAUCUACAGAAGCUUCAAAGCCUCGCCCAGCUGACUAGCGGUGCUGUUCUACCAGGAUUGGGACUGCCGACGGCAGGACUUCCGUCGGCUGCUGCAGCCUUGCUGAACAAUUCCCCACUGAAUCUUAGCCUCGGGGCGCAAAGUCAUUCGCCCGUGAUGGGAGCGCUAGCAGCCGCACCGCCACAACCCCUCCCGACGGCACCGACGCAGAUGCCACAGCUCAUACUUGCCUCCGGGCAGAUUGUCCAAGGCAUCCAGGGAGCACAAUUACUGAUACCGACGGCUCAAGGAAUCGCCACCCAAACCAUUCUUGCCAUUCCCGUGGGGCAACAGGUGGUUUCGAGCGUGAGUAGCGAGAAUUUAUUACAGUGUUUAAAUUUCAAUACCACCGUUGGAACCAGUAACAAUAACAACAACAACAACAACAACAACAACAGUAGUAACAACAACUUCAACGAUAUAUUGAAUCAUCACCACCCCCACGCCCACCUGCACAACCAGCAUCAUCCUGGUAAUGCGGCCUUUGCGGCAGCAGCAGCAGCAGCGGCCGCCGCAGCAGUGGCCACUCGUGAAUCACCAGUUACCGUCAAUAGUCCAAUCAAUAGCACUAGCUUACUUACGAAUCCGCUGGCACUGGCUGCGGCUGCUGUCGCUAAUAGCAACAAUCAUCAUCACCAUCCGCAGCAUCAUCAUCAUCACCAUCAUCACCACCAACAGCAUCCGCUGCAUCAGCACCUGCAGCCGCAACAACAGCAGCAACAACAACAACAGACACAGCAGCAGGCCAAGCAUUUGACCUUCAGUCACCAAUCACCGACGGCAUCAUCUUCGGCAGCUGUUGGUAACGGUGGGGGUGUUACAUUGUCAGUGACACCUUCGAUGGCCCAUCAUCACGGUUCAACUUCUGCGACCGGACAACACGUGGUGGAUAAGAUCCGGAAUCUGACGGCUCACGAAAGGGCAUCGUCGGAACGUUCAACACCGGAAAUGCAUCGAAUCAAGCUGGAAUCUCCGAAACAGAUCGCAUCGCCGAUUUUGAGCACUCCCCAGAGGCCGUCGAGUAACAGCUUUGCGUCGGUAUUCGAGAAAAGUCCACAGCUUAAACGAAACAUCUCACCUAGCAUAGCGCCGUGUGCCGUCAGCAACAGCAGCACCAGCAGCAACGGAAGUAGCAGCAACGGCAGCAGUCUGAUCAGCGGUAUUAGCAACAACGUCGGUCAGAUUCACAUCAGCAAAAAUCUGACUAGUCCGCACCAUUCGCCGUCGGAGAGCACAAUCAGUAGAAUCUCAACAUCGAAUGGUGAAAUCACAGUGACCAAAUCACAGGCGCCCCUAACUCCGCCCCUAUCAGUACAAAAGAAUCAUCCCGCUUCGAUGCAUUUCAAUCCAUCCAUCUCACCCCAACCGUUGAUUCAUCAUGCGAGAGAUCAGCAGCUCCAUCAUCACCACCCCCACCUGCAGCACCAUCAUCAACAGCAGCAACAGCAACUUUCGAUGCAAUCUGCCCACGGUUCGCCACAAUCUGCUACUGUAGCAUCGGCAGCGUCGGUGGGGGAAAACCAGCUGCAGAAGGAGCACAAACUGUGCACCUCUUCCAGCAGCAGUAGCAUCACUCCGACCGGCACUAGCACGCCGGGUGUAAUUUCGCUCACCUUAGAAGAUAUGGAGCAGAAGAUUUCUCCCCACUCUUCGUUGGCCUCGGGAUCUUCGCUGUCCAAAAGGCACCGAAGUUUGACACCUCCUCCCCGGAAGCAUAGCCCCGCCGGAUCGGUUCAGCUCUCUCAGGAUGACGAGGAAGAUGAGGAUAACAAUUCCAACCACAAUGAGCUGGAAGAUUCACCAAAUGAGCUAACGAUCAACCAAACCAACUGCAACGUGGUGGAUGGAAUUGACCUAGAUGAUAUUAAGGAGUUUGCGAAAGCUUUCAAACUACGCCGCCUGUCGCUGGGACUUACCCAAACGCAAGUAGGCCAAGCGCUGUCCGUUACCGAGGGCCCAGCCUACAGUCAGAGUGCCAUCUGCAGUGCCCUAGCCGCCCAGAUGUACUGUGCAGCGCAGCUUUCGUCCCAGCAACAGCAAAUGUUUGAAAAGUUAGACAUUACUCCAAAAAGUGCACAAAAGAUAAAACCUGUGCUGGAACGCUGGAUGAAGGAAGCCGAAGAGAGCCAUAGUUCGCGCUACAAGUCAGGACAGAAUCAUUUAACGGAUUUUAUUGGAGUCGAACCAUCGAAAAAACGGAAAAGGCGAACAUCUUUCACACCUCAAGCUCUGGAGCUGUUGAACGGACACUUCGAGAGAAACACGCACCCGUCAGGAACGGAAAUCACCGGUUUGGCACACCAGCUCGGCUACGAACGCGAGGUUAUUCGAAUUUGGUUCUGCAACAAGCGUCAGGCUCUUAAAAAUACGGUACGAAUGAUGUCGAAAAAUUUCAAAAUGGAAACUUCUUAAGCCACAUGAAAAAAAAUAAAACAAUUGCUAAUUUAGUCACUUACCGUUAUGUAAUUUUGUGCCAUUUAUUACCGAUUUCAGCGAGGACAUUUGAAAGUUUAGUUCAAUUUUGUCGUAAAAAUGCAGUGGGGAAACGAUCCAGUGUUUUUAUUUUUGUUUGAAUCGAUUCAAUAAUCUCUAGUUUUAAGCAAACGAAAAGAAAUGGAAAACAAUUUUUACUUAUUGUUUAGUUUAAGAAAAAGAUUAAGUUAAAAAAUGAUGCAACCAAAGUUCCUAAACAACUAAUCGUAAGGGUUACUGACAGAUGAUGCUAAUAGAUGUAAAAAGUAGCAGUGAAAAUCAUUUCUGAGAGAAGCUAGUUAUCCACAUAUGCAAAUUAGACACUUUUUGUUAUAUUUUACCAGUUAUCGACAAACAGAGUUCCCAUCCAGAUUCUUAGUUUCCGAUUCCCGCGGGUCCAAACGCGCUUAAAACUGCAAAUAUUGAACUUGAAAGGUGCCAAAAUAGUACCCUGAAAACUACAUCUAGUGAGCUGUGCCAUAGUGUUCGGUUCGGUUUGUGCUAUCUCAGUUUACAGAUUUACUGCAGCCUACUGAGAAUGAUAUAAAUCUGCCACACGAAAUUUAAAAUGGAACAAUCUCUAUAAUGAUACUCAUUUAUGUUUGUUUAGAUUCAGAAUCAACCAGCAAAAGCCACAGUUAAUUUCUUUCGCCAAAAUUGAUGUCGAAUGUGUAGUAUUAAAUCAAUAGUCCAGAUAAUUCGUCUUUUAAAAUGUUAUAUAAAGAGAAUCAUUACUCGUGACCAUAUUUGAAAAACAAAAAAAAAAGAUUGCAUUUAAUGUACAGAACAAAAAACAAUGAUAUACGAAUCAGUAAAUAAACCAAUUGGCAAUAGAAAAAUUAAAUAAAAGUCUCUUCAAUUGGCAAACCCACCGUACGAAAUUUUACUUCCCUGUAAACUGAACUAAUAAUAUCGGACAAAUGAAAAGAGAAAUGCACAGAAUUUCUUUGAUCAAAUCCUGCACAUCAUAAUUGUUGUGUGUAGCUAUAACUUUUAUCGAUUGUCCCGAUCGGGGCCUAGCAUGGAGAAUCGUCCAUAUCUGAUUUGUUUAGUGGCAAACCACGAGCAAAUGGCUAACUAGUGGAUUGCAACCCGUGACUACGGAUGGAAAGGGCGCGAGUCUCUCUGUAAAUAGAUUAAAUAUCUCCCUUCCGUCGCCACAAGUCUGGUGAGGAUUUGUUUUCUGUACUAUAUAUUCGAAGGACAUAGUUGAGAUGAACAUUGAAAAAAAAACAGCGCGCCUCAUAGAGUUAGUGGAUAAGAUGAGUGUUUAGUAUUUGGUAUCGAAUGAAGCAUAUUUUAUGUGAUAUGUAAUAAACAGAACAGAACAAAAUCGUAUAUUGAAAUAGAAUUACAACUACAACUCAUUUUUCAUCAGUAUAGUCACACAAACAAACGCAUAGAUACAGCGAUUGGCAAAUACCACAAACAGACAUCAAAAUGCGGAGGCAGUAGGUAAAAAUAUUGAACUCUGAAAGCAAGCUGUGUCUCGCAUACAACACAAGAUACACAAAUUUAACGAAUAAA